AUGGAUGUUAAAAACGAAGACAUUCAAACAUCCCCCACGCCAACUACAACGACUACUGCUUCUGCUGCUGUGGUGACACCCACACCACAACCACCACCAACUACAACUACUACUGCUGGUAUCAUAUCUCCCUCUUCAGUAGCUCCAUUGGAAAAAGUAGUGAUGACUGCAUAUAAUACAACAUUGCCACCAUUGACUUCCAAUGGAAAUGCAAAUGGAAAUGGAAAUGGAGUAAAUACAACAAACGGAUCUGUUGGUAUGGGACUGCAUUUGAAUGGAACUACAUCGUUGCCACAACAACAACAACAACAACAAAAUGAUUAUCACAAUACUAUCUUGUCAACCAAUCCAAGUCCAACUAUCCAACCAAUAGCCAGCACCACAUCAUCUAAUACCACUUCGCCAGCCACGUCUACUGCACCCUCGCCUUCAUAUGUCAACCAUCAACACGCACCUCCUCCAACCACUCUUAGUAACUUGAACUUGGGAGUCGCCCAAAUUAGCCAACAACAACCACAACAACAACCUCAACAACCUCAACAACAACAACAACCACCUAUUAUGGGGUUAGGUAUAAACACCAAUUUUACACAGACAUCUAUGCAAAGCCACCAUUUGCCACAACCAACAACUACAACUACAUCUACCACCAACACUAACUUUCACCAUCAACAACAACAACAACAACAAUAUCCCAAUAUAAUUGCACCAACUAGCAUUGGCGUUGGUAUUACUCCAAUGAACCAGAUAUCGGGUCUUGCCAUCUUGGCAACGACCAGUACGACAUCGACGAUGCUUGCCAAUCCAAUGAUGGGCGGCGCCGAAAAUAAGAGAAAUAGAGGCCGUCCUCGUAAAAAUCCACCCGCCGAACCACGCGAUCCCAACCUUCCAAAGCGCAAGCGUGGCAGACCACCCAAAUUGGAUGACAAUGGACAACCACUUCGCAAUAACCUACAAACUCCCAACGCCAAAAAGAGAGGACGCCCAAAGAAGCAAAAAGACGACGGCAUCACCCUUGACGAUGUCCUCCAACCAGACACUGACGAAAAAUCAAUCAUCCGCAAUUUCAAGGCACAACGUUCAGAUGACAACCAAUCACCACAACAAUCACCCAGCAGUCCAUCAUCCUCUGCCACCAACACACCCAUCCACCAAGCUACCAAUUCAUUUUCUUUGGGUCGUGGUGCCAACAGCCAAAAUAACAGUUUUAGUGAAUCAGAGUCGACCGCUGCCGAUUUCUCAAUCGUAGUUGAUGAAUCAUUUACUUUACCAUCUCAAUAA